CGGGGCGGUCCCGAGUGGCCCCCUUCCGGCGCAGCUCGCCGGCUUCUUUCUCGGAGCGUCGGCGCCGCCCAUGGCCGAGGUGCUGCAGCCCGAUCCCGGGGCAGCCGAGGGCUCGGAGGCCCUCGCGGAGACGCCGUGCUGGGAAGCCCCGGAGGACGCGGGCCCCCAGCCCGGAAGUUAUGAGAUCCGACGCUACGGACCUGCGAAGUGGGUCAGCACUUCGGUUGAGUCUACGGACUGGGAUUCGGCCAUGCAGACCGGCUUCACAAGGCUGAACAGCUACAUUCAAGGCAGAAACGAGAAAGAGAUGAAAAUAAAGAUGACAGCUCCAGUGACAAGCUACAUGGAGCCCGGUUCAGGUCCUUUUAGCGAGUCUACCAUUACCAUUUCCCUGUAUAUCCCCUCUGAACGGCAAUCUGAUCCCCCCAGGCCUUCAGAGUCAGAUGUCUUCAUUGAAGACAGAGCUGAAAUGACGGUGUUUGUACGGUCUUUCGAUGGAUUCUCUAGUGCCCAAAAGAAUCAAGAACAACUCUUGACAUUAGCAAGCAUUUUGAGGGAAGAAGGAAAAGUUUUCGAUGAAAAGGUUUACUACACCGCAGGCUACGACAGUCCUUUCAAAUUGCUUGAUAGAAGAAAUGAAGUGUGGUUGAUUCAGAAAAAAGAACCCUCCAAAGAAAGUGAAUGACAAAAUGAGAGGAAGGUCCAUUGCCAGGGGCAAAACUUCUGUUUAACAUAGACGUCAACAUUACCCAUAAGCAAAAUGUGUCUAGUAUCUCUACCUGAGAGUACUACUAUGACUUGAGCUUAUUUCCACUGUGCCUUUUUAAUGCUUGAAGCUUUAGAUACACAGAUAACAGGGGACAGUAUUCUAUAGACAUGUAAAUCGAUCUUUAUUUCUAUGAGGCUCCAGGGAAACGUCAUGUUACUUCCCCCUUCUUCACUGUAUCACAAUCAUGUUGCCUAUUUCUACUUGGAUUUGUGUCAGUUGGAUGUUACCUCCUCCAGAUAUUAUCAAUAAAAAUGUUAAAGUUUAUCCU